AUGAGCAAAACCUCCAUCCGUUCGGGCCUUCAACUGACUACCCAUCUUAUCGCUCGUGGUGUUGAGCCUGAUGACGCUUUUGAGCUUGUUGCCCGUGAUACCCAGGCCGAGCUUGAGGAACGUAACGAAGAAGACGAGCUAGAGGCUCGUAAUCUGCUUGAAGAACUUGACCAGCUCGGUAUCCUUGUCCGCCAGCCUAAGAAGGAAUCUGGUCCUAAGCCUAAGCUGAUACCUAAAACUACAUCGACCAAGAAACCCAGAUCUGAACCCACAGGCCGAGCUUACAUAGAUCGAAGGCGCCAUCUAUUCGAUGAACUUGACGAGCGCGAUAUGUAUGAGGAGGACGGAUAUUUAUCUAUCCUCAGCUAA